CCACUUUCCUCUAGCCCUGUCAUUUCAUCUCUGACACCAAGGCAAGAGGCUAGGAGGUCUACAAAUACCGUCUGAGUAGCCAGUGUGAGUACAGCGGGAACUGGGGGUGGGUGGCUUAGCCCCCAAGGAAGAGAACCAGUUCCCAGCACCAACCACCACCAAGACCUCAGAGACUAUUUCCUCCCUCCACAGACUGUGGACUAACUUAGGGAAUUCCAAACCUCCAGCUGCUGAAGCAGUUAUUCAGGAAAGAGUCUCCAGAGACAAAGGAGAUGGAGCUCCCCCCAGAGCCCCAGGCCAAUGGGGAGGCUGUGGGAGCUGGGGGUGGGCCCAUCUACUACAUCUAUGAGGAAGAGGAGGAAGAGGAGGAGGAAGAGGAGGAGCCACCCCCAGAACCUCCUAAGCUUGUCAAUGAUAAGCCCCACAAAUUCAAAGAUCAUUUCUUCAAGAAGCCAAAGUUCUGUGAUGUCUGUGCCCGGAUGAUUGUGCUCAACAACAAAUUUGGGCUUCGCUGUAAGAACUGCAAAACUAACAUCCAUGAGCACUGUCGGUCCUACGUGGAGAUGCAGAGAUGCUUCGGCAAGAUCCCCCCUGGCUUCCGUCGAGCCUAUAGCUCCCCUCUCUACAGCAACCAGCAGUACGCUUCUGCUGCCAAUCGCAAUGACCCUGUGUUUGAAACCCUGCGUACUGGGGUGAUCAUGGCAAACAAGGAACGGAAGAAGGGACAGGAAGAUAAGAAAAAUCCUCUAGCAGCCAUGAUGGAAGAGGAGCCAGAGUCUUCCAGACCAGAGGAAGGCAAGCCCCAGCAUGGAAACCCUGAAGGAGAUAAGAAGGCUGAAAAGAAGACACCUGAUGACAAACACAAACAUCCUGGCUUCCAGCAGUCUCAUUACUUUGUGGCUCUCUAUCGCUUCAAAGCCCUGGAGAAGGAUGAUCUGGAUUUCCCACCUGGAGAGAAGAUCACAGUCAUUGAUGACUCCAAUGAAGAAUGGUGGCGGGGGAAAAUAGGGGAGAAGGUCGGAUUUUUCCCUCCAAAUUUCAUCAUUCGAGUCCGUGCUGGAGAGCGUGUGCACCGCGUAACAAGAUCCUUCGUGGGGAACCGAGAGAUAGGGCAGAUCACUCUCAAGAAGGAUCAGAUUGUGGUGCAGAAAGGAGAUGAAGCUGGCGGCUACGUCAAGGUCUACACUGGUCGCAAGGUGGGACUUUUCCCCGCUGACUUCCUGGAGGAGAUCUAGGCGAGGCUGGACACACCCAAGCCCCCUCACGGGCAGGCCCAGUGGAGGCUGGGGAGCAAAGGGACAGAAGCAUCUAUUCUGCUGGGUGGGAUAGUAGUGGGACGGUUCACCAGAACGAGAUGCGGCUUCUGCGAAGGGACUGGUUCCCUUCCCCUGCCGCAGCCGGGUGCCCAGAGUAGCCCUCACUCACCCUCGCCCUCCACCCCUCAGGCCCAGCCUUGGAGCACUGGAAAAAGAGUCCUCUGGGAGGUUGGGGGGCAGGCAGCGGGAGGGGGCUGUUGGAGAUUUAUUAAAGUUUCAACAAAAGUUAUAAAAGUU